CUUAUUAAAUAGAUAUCAUAAUGAGUUCGAUCGCGGCGAAUAAAUUGAGAAAGCAAUGGACUAUGACUGCAGAAGAGCGGGAAGAGUAUCUGCAGAUAGAUGAAUCAGAGUAUUUAGAUGAUCUGAAUGAUGAAGACAUUGAAGAAUUGGCUCAGUUCCUGGAUGAUAUAGACCCAGAGAACAACGCGCUUCCAGCAAGAGACAGGUCAAGGUACCAAGUUGACAAAGAACCAACUGACAAGUACAGCAGAGACAAUCUCAUGAAUUACAUUGACAAACUGGCAGAGGAAUUCAAGCAACAAGAGGGAUAUGUGCCUUUUACGGGGGAGAAAAAAGGCAAAGUUUGGAUUGAGCCCGAAAGCACAAAAGUUGACGAGCCAGAGGAUAUUAAAUUAGAAGACGAGAGUUGGGAACAUGCAUUUGAAACGGUAACUGGAGACGAUCUCAUCGAUCUGGCGUCCAUUCUGGGCAUCCAUCAGAUGGUGGACCAGACACAGUACUGGGCAGCUCAGACUGCAAUUAAAAAGGGAGGAUUUGACGACAGCCAAGUAUCUGCUCUGAUACCUCAUGGUGUUCCGACGGUGUCUGUGCCCUCCCGCUUCGACCCGGAGGCGAAGAACAACACAGACGUAGAGUUAACUGUACAGAUGGUUAAGGACAAUGACCCCAACUGCACAGAAAUCAACUUCAAUAACAUACCUAAGAUCCCAAAAUACGUCUAUGUUGAGUUUCUGGAGGCACUGAAGGCUAACACGGUAGUGAAGAGAGUCGACUUGGCCAACACAGGCAUGGACGACAUGCUAGCCUAUGCGCUGGCAGAUGUGUUGGAAGCGAAUAACGUGCUGGAAACUGUUAACGUGGAGAGCAAUUACAUCACAGGCGAAGGAGGACUCACGAGAAUCGCAGAGAUGGUGGAGGAGAAUCUAGUGCUCAAAGAGCUCAGACUGUCCAAUCAGUAUCAGAUUGCUGGACAGAAAUGUGAGAUCAGAAUAGCGGAGAUGCUAGAGGCGAACAAGACCAUACAAAAGUUCGGAUACAACUUCCACAUGCCAGGACCCUGUUCGAGAGCCAUGAAUGCCCUCAAGCGAAACGUCGAAAUUAGUCGUAAAGUGGAACGCGGCAUUGUGGAUGACCCGACUCGGGAGCGAAAGCCGACGCCAAAACUACGAGAUGACCUUCUGAGCCAACUGGCGGAGAAGAAGCGCCAGACGAUCGCGACGCUGAGGAAGAAGCGUGUGGAGAUGGAAAAGGAGGAGAUUGAGAGACGGAAACAGGAGGAGUCCAAACCGAAGAAGCCAGUGUACCUGACGCCAGACCACGUGCGAAGGAAAAGGGCCGCUGACGGAAUCACGGGCGAGGAGGCGGAAGCAUCAGAAGAAAAAGAGGAACGAGAUGAGGAAAAAAGUGACAAUGAAGAAGACAAAGAGAAAGAUGAGGAUGAAGAAGACGAAAAGAAGGAGGGCGAAGAUGAUAAAGAUGACAAAGAAGACGAAGAGAAAGAGAAAGAUGAUGAGGAUGAAGAGACGGAAGUCGACACAGAAAAGAAAGAGGAAGACGCAUCAGAAAAGGACGAAGAGGAUGAAGAUGAGAAAGAAGAAGACGACGAGGAUGAGGAUAAGGACAAAUCUGAAUCGAAAGCCGAGAACGGCGAGGAAGAAAAAGAAGACGACAAAGAAGAAGAAUCGGAAGCAGAAGACGAAGAGGACAAAGAAGAAACAGCGAAAGAUGACGAAGAGGAAGAAGCCGAAAAAGUGCAAUCAGAAAAAGACGACGACGAAGAGGAGGAAGAGGAAGACGACGAAGACGAAAAGAAAGAGAACAAGAGCGAGGACCGAACAGAUGCAAAAUCUGAAGACGACGAAGAAGAGGAUGAAGAAGAUGCAGAUGAAGAUAAAAACGAUGUGAAAGAGAACGGAAAAACUGAAGACGAUGACGAGGAAGAAGAUGAAGACGAGGACAAAGAAGAUGAUAAAGGCGACAAAGAAGAGGAAGACGACGAAGAAGAUGAUGACGACGAAGAAGAUGAGGACGACGAAGAAGAUGAGGAUGACGAGGAAGAGGAAUGAAAUGUUGUCCUUUAAGGAAACGUGACCAGAUGCUUCUUAUAGUUAAUUAUUUAUGCCCUGUUAGGAGGGCCAAUUUUCUUUACUCUCUACGACUUAAAAAAAUGAUAUUUAAUCAAAUUUGCUACUGUUAAAGUUUCUAAUUGAUGUUUUAAAAACACAGAUCAUCUAAAUCAAUUCACCCUUCUUGAAACUGGUUUUACCCUU